AUGGAUAUUGACAUGGACAUAGACUACGACGCAAGUGCGCAGCAUGCGACGGAAACCACGCAGCAGAUAAAUGAGACAAUUGCGAACGAUGCGUCUUUGCCUGCCGCGUACUACGAGAACCUCGAUGAGCGACCAGGCCGGCAAGUCGAGCAAUGGCCUGAAAGCCUUAAUCUCCAAGGCGUGGACAACUUCGAUCCCUCGGACGCCAUUUACUACCUUAUAGAAUCAGGCGUGCCACAAAAGAUCAAGCAGCAACGCUGGGUUAACGACUCGUCUCUCAACCUCCAGUUUCACAGCGCCGAAGACGCCUCGCUAGCUUUGCAGCAACUCACCGACCCGGAAGCCGGAGACCCUGCAUCCAUACCGGCGGACGCUCCCCGUAAAGCGAAACCGUACAAAGACCGCACACUUAUCAUACGCCAAGCGAACUCUGGGGAUCAGAAGCUACGGGGCGCUGCUAAUCAAAGCAAGUACUACGAGAGGAACCCAGAUGUUCGAGGCGGAGAGAGGCGUGGAGACCGCGGCCGCGAGCGAGAGCCGCGACGCCGUGCACCCCCUCGCAGAGACUUUCUAGACUACGGCGAAGAAGAGCCUGCAAGGGACAAUAUGCGAAGGUAUAGCGGUAAUUAUCAUCCUGCUGGAAACGUGCUGACACUUCAUGGCCGUAGUGGCGACGAGCAGAUGCGCGAUGGCUCCGACUACGAGAACCGAAGAAACCGAAGAAACGGCAAUCGCAAUCGCGAUGAUGGUCGACUUAGAGCCUCGGACGUCGACUCUUAUCGGCCAGGUUCCAAGAGUCCACGAGAGUCACGGUUUGGACGCCUGCGGGGCCGCAGUGCUUCGCCAGCAUCAGGCGACGAAGGUGACGGGCGAUAUGGUUUCACGGAAGCAGGAACAUCCACGCGCCGUCAGUACAGAAGUCGAAGUCGCAGCCGGAACAACCGCCGACGGAAGGAGCCUAGCGUUGAGCGGUGGACACACGACCGUGCAAACUACGACCGCGAGCAGGGCCCACCUGCCCGCUGGGCGAAGGACACGUCUACGCCGCGAUAUGGUGAUGCUUUUUCCAGUGAGAGCAAGCACCGUCGGUCAGACGCAUUUGACGAGACCGCGAACAGGAGCGGAGGAUCACUUCUGUCGCGCAUGACCAAAGAUGGCCAGCCCCUCGCUGCACAAGGUCGAUCCCUCGCAUCUCGUAUCACACGCGAUACGGAUGACUCUUCAUACGGACGACUUAAAGAUGAUGACAGCACACCCUCAUACGCUGAUUUCCCGGAACCAGCACCAAGACGAGGCUUGGCCAGUCGCAUCACUCGAGACGACGACGAUUUGGAAGGCAUCAACAUCCGGGGAACCGCGUCACAAGGUGGCUUCUCCAUUCGAGGCGUCGCUGGCGGUGCGUAA